AUGGCUGCUUUCAUCCCUGAUUCGUUAAAAUUGUCUCCCAAUCUUUCUACUCUUGGUGAAUCAACAACAGCAGCAACAACAAUCGCAUCAACACAGCAGCCUUUUAACCAAUCUGCUCAAAGAUGGGCAAUACCAGAAGAAGGUAUAGCGCACAUUCAAGCUCCAUCGACUCACAAUAGACUUGGUCUUAUGGAAACAAUUUAUCGUCACUCAAUAUCUGUCAAUGUAACUCUCAUCAAAUCACCCCCAUAUACAAGAAAGACAUCAUUUGGUCAGCUAUUCCACGAAUAUACAAGACACAAGGAACCUGAAACUUAUCUCAGACGUGUCUCUCUUAUUUGGUUCCCCAAUUCCACCCCUCAGGAAUUCAAUGCUGGUUGGAUAAAAUUUACUGGUCGCACAUUUGGAUAUCAAACUCCAAGAAAAAAGCAUAUUUAUUAA